ACUGAGGGGAAGCCAGCGACAGCGGGGACGACGCAAGAUGUUCUGAAAUCUGACACACUGUGGUGCCUGCACCACCAUGCACAAGAGAUCCCUACCGUGGUGUCUUCCGUUGUAGAUCAUCUUCCCUUUUUGCGUCUCCCGCGGAAGUUCGUCCCUCCCCGACCUGGAGCUCGUCCGUUGUAGAUCGUCCCUCCCGCGUUUCUUCGUCAUUCCCCGACCUGGAGCUCGUCAAUACGCCGUACCAGCGACGCAGGGGGUGCUGCGGCAGAUCACCGUGGACCCCGGGAAACGCCGGCCGCUACCGCGAGCUGGAACCCCCGACGGCAGGACAGGACGCGGCACCACAGUGUCGUCCUGCACCCCCCCCGCGAUGAUGUCAGGUCCCAUUCCGGUGAUCCUGGGGGGGCAACUGGGUAAGCGCCUGGGGGCACGAGAGGACCGCUGGAAAGAAACCACACCACAGUCUCCCUUAGCCGAGGGUGGUAUACUGCCAAAAAGAAAUAGGCCUGUGCUCUCCUUUAAGAAGACAGCUUUCAACAACGUCUUUAUGCCUGAGCAAUCUUUUGGUACAAAAAAGCUUGACUAUAGCCCUAUUCGGAAGUUCCCUGCUCUUCGUGAGCAACUUGUUAAGACGAGCCGAACUGUGACAUGGCCAAAGAUCUUGUGUGUUCAUCACGGUCCUGCCACGACUAGGAUAAAGAAACCCUGA